CUAUUAUCGUUAUUAGCAUCGUCAGAUAUCGACUAUAUUCACUCUGGACACCCGUUAGAGCCAUGCGAGUGGCACUUGAAACUCCAUCGCCCUCUAUUCGCCCGGCACUCGGGACGCUGAGGCCGACAGACAGAAAAGGGUCGCGAGGAAGUAAAGAUGGUUUGAUCAGGCGAAGUAUAUGAUCUUAAGGGAGCGGAAAGCGUGAAAUUUGGACUCGAACCAUAUACGAAAUGUGCGACAAACGUCUCUGCGCCUGUAGGAAAAAGGCCGCGCUGUCCAAAGUGGAUCCGGGGGUGAUUCAGGAACUCGAGAAAAAUUUCACAAAGUUCUCAUCCACGGACAGUUCGUCUCUCCUUAAGAAAUAUCUGACCCGAGAGCUUUUCGAUAAACUGAAAACGAAAAAGACCAGCUACGGCUCGACCCUCCUCGACGUGGUACAGUCGGGUUUCGCAAAUCCGGAUUCCGGGGUCGGCGUCUACGCUCCGGAUCCAGAAUCGUACACCGUAUUCGCUGAACUCUUCAAUCCCAUAAUCGAAGACUAUCACGGCGGUUUCGAGGCUGACGACGUUCAUCCGCCUCUCGAUUGGGGCAAUCCUGAUAACCUUGGGAACCUAGAUCCCGAUGGGAAGUACGUCCUCUCUACCAGAGUACGAUGCGGAAGAUCGUUGCAAGGCUAUCCCUUCAAUCCUACCAUGACGAAGACUCAUUACCAAGAAAUCCAACAGAAAGUUUCCGAGGCUCUUGGUGCUCUGGAAGACGAUCUCCAGGGAACUUACUAUCCUCUUGAAACCAUGGACAAGAAGACCAAGGAGAAGCUUAUCGAGGAUCAUUUUCUCUUCAAGGAGGGCGACCGCUUCCUGCAAGCUGCAAAUGCCUGCCGUUACUGGCCAUCCGGUCGGGGCAUAUUCCUGAAUGCUGAUAAGACAUUUUUGGUCUGGUGCAACGAGGAGGAUCAUAUGAGGAUAAUAUCGAUGCAAAACGGCGCCGAUCUUGCUGCUGUUUACGGUCGACUUAUCAGGGCCGUACGAGAGAUAGAAAAAAAAUUCUCAUUCGCCAGACACCAACGCAUCGGCUUCCUCACAUUUUGUCCAUCGAAUCUUGGCACCACCAUAAGAGCAUCCGUGCACAUUAAAGUGCCCAGAUUGUCGGCCGACUACGAUAAGUUCGAGGAAAUUGCCAAUAUGUACAAUCUUCAGAUCCGAGGCAUUCACGGCGAGCACAGUGCAAGCGAAAAGGGCGUUUACGACAUAAGCAACAAGCGUCGACUGGGUCUUUCCGAAAAUCAAGCGCUCAUCGAAAUGAGGGACGGGAUUAUGGAAAUCAUAAAGCAGGAGGAACGCUUGUCGCGUUGAAAUUUUAGGUUAGGUUGACAAUAAAGAUAUUUCGAAAAAUAGUUUAAUUUCGUCACAAACGAGGAAAUAGCAUGUGUGCAUAUUUUAACCUAGGGCGGUACUGUGUACACAGUAGAUAUCAGUAGUACUUACAGUUAGAUGCGGAUGAGCGAUUAUCGUACCAAGUUCCUAAGCAAUUUCUCAUACGUGUAAAUUUGUUUUAUUUUUUAAAAGGUACUACCGUACAAGUAACAAGGUACUGGACAGUCGAAAACUGAAAGAUAACCGGGAAACACGGCUAAUAUCCUUUUCCUUGGUGGAUGUCAAGAUUUUUGUGUCCAAGCGAACGACCGAGUUAUCAAUUUGUAUUAUCUUUAGCAGACGAAAUAUCGAUAUAGCUUUUUCUGACUAGUAAUUCUAGGGUGUUAUGGGCGUGGAGUUGGUAGCAGCCAUUGGUAUUGUUAUUACAGUUCUAACAACGAGGUUACGUAAAAGCAACCGUAGGCCACGCGAAUAUAUUAAUACGAAGAAAAUAUAAAAGUACUGCGUUGUAUCUACCAUGAUUGAUAUGCAAUUUGCAUCAUUU